AUGGCAGUGGUCUCUUCUGAAACUGCAAAGCUGUGGGAUGAGCUCGAAUCGCGCGGUGCUCAGCGACAGCACUGGAUUGAAAAUGCACCCUCCAAGUCUGAGGAGAAAUGCCCGAUCAAGCCUUCCUCCUUCAAGGUGGAGGACCUCGACGGAUUCGAAGAUACGUGGGGCGAUGCGGCGUAUUACCCAGCUGAGAGUAUGUCAGUAACGGAAGAAGUCAUGGGAAUCCCGGCCCCUCCUCGCGAGACAUGGAAACGAUUCGAGCGACUGAAAGUGGACCCAGCGGCAACGCCAGUUCAAGAUUCGAGACUGUGGCACCUCCACUGCUGGGAAGGAAACCUCGCACCGGGCAUCAUCUUUAUCGAGAACAUGUUUCGACGACCGGGUGCAGGAUCCGAGGCUGGACCGCGAUCCUCGCAGAUGGCGCAGGCUGCAUAUCAGUCGGCAUUUCCCAUCGACACCCUGAAGCAUGUCAUUGUCUGUGACGUGAUACACAAGGAGACGAAGCGAUUCGUCAAGCGCCAGCUCUACGAUGAUCGCCUGUAUGAGGACACUGGGAUUGAGUGGCCGAGUGACCAACUGGUGGCAUGGGAAUAUGAUACCCCGGAAUACAAAGUUCUUCUUGGAACCAAGAUUGGUGCGGUGGUGUCGUGGAUCGUGUUAGGAGCCUUUAAGCGGGGCACUCGCAGGAUUUCUCAAAUCUGCACGGUGGCACACUACGGUCGCUGCAUGCUGAUGCGAUUCGAUAUCGAGACCAUCAAAUCUGGACCGAUGGCCAAGGCCGGUAACGUGCUUGCGGUCGUCCCCGCAUGUGAGGAGACUGCGAGUGAAAAGGGUGAAAAGACCAACAGUAAGAGGAAGCGUGAUGUGAAGAAUGAGGAUUUCGAGCCCACAAAACGCCAGAAGGCUUGA